AUGUUCCACCUUCGACGCGAUCCUCUCCCUUCUGACGACUUUUCCGAAAAAUCGGCCUCUUCCGUAUCAUAUCGUCGCAUAGCUAUUCCUCCCAUCAUCCCAACAUCUACGCCCUCUGUAACGAUCUCCAACAGCCUACUCAGCAGCCGCAGAGCUCUCGCACAUAUUGAUCUUCAGUCUGCCAGCAUCACUCAUCCUCUACUUUCUGACGAUCAGAUGCCCUCAUCCUCGUCUGUCCGGAAUCCCGCAUCAGAACGCGCCGGCCCUGCACGGUACAAUAUUGGCGGCCCUAUUAUUCCUCGCCGUACUUCUAGUGACGACUCCAGGAUUUCCUUGCACGGCACAAGGAGGAGGUCUAUUCCCAACCACCCACAGACUAACAACGGCAUCGCGCGCCCAACUACGUUCAUCCAAUCGCGCACCCUUCUCCGCAGACCUAGUCACACUCCUUCCGGUUCUGUUGAUUCGUCGAGGCGUCCGUCACUCCCGACGAUCCACCUGCAGCCGACUACGUCUGUGGUGCAUCCCCGAUCAACUGUGCACUCAGUUUCUGGAGCCAACUAUUCGAAUCCCGAGUUUUCCGUUUCGACCGGUGACGAUAUGUAUUCCAACCUGGCCUCCUUCACUUUUGGUGCUGCGCCCCCCAGUAGGCCUGACAUGAUUGAAAUGGUCAACCCUCUGACUUCUGCAUCCGGGAGUAUCAGUAGAGACCGCACUCCCCGUCCGUCAGUUUCUGGACCCAGUUCAGGUUCUUCACAGUCAAGCCCGUACACCAGUCUUCGCGAUCGCACAUAUCGGAUGCAAGACAGAGGUGUGGCCGAGAGCGGUGAUAGUGCCGACGAUGAGGACGAUGAGGAGGCGAUCCGGCAGAGUCGCGCCAAGAUGCGUGCAAUGAAUGAUGGCUCGAGAAGACCUUCGCUUCCUGUAAAUACUUACCGCGCAGGUAGGUCAAGCUCACCUGCAAUUCCCCCCGCAUCCAAGGCAUCUCCCCGGCGAUCGACCGGCGACAUCCAUGAAGAUGACCGUGAUGUCAUUCGCGGAAACCAUGAUGUCGCAGUUCACACUGGGACGUCUUACGGCGAUGGCGAUCACGGGGACGGUGAUUUUGACACUGACGUUGAACUUGACAUUCCCCACCACUACGGCUCUCGUACCUCCCUUGUUUCAGAUACCGUUUCUCAGCAUAUCUUCGGUGAUUCUCGCCAUUUCGGUGAUGGCGCUGGUGACGAUUCUGACGAUAGGAUGAUCGUCGUAGAAGAAGAUUGUGAUACCUUUGACCAUGAUUUAGUACCUGGCAUACGUGCAUCAAAAUUGACGCUCGAAGAUGGCGCAUACACGUCCGCUAGGGUAACAUCUCCAUCGCACUCACGGAGAGGGAGUGUUUCUUGGAAGAUUCCUGGAACCUCCGCUUCGGAGUUUACGGCAAGAGAUAGGGAAGACUCCGUCGUAACGUUGCCUGGCCGUCAUUUCAAUCGUAGUUUAGACGAAGGUUUAUCGACUCCAGAGUAUAGGGCAUCAACCACCGGCUGUCCCAGCGGUGGUUUUGAAGCGAACAAUGUGGAGUCCAAUUUACAGCCAGAAGAUCUUACUGAUUACAGUACAGGCGGCACUGCAAGUGCGUACGAUGGCCUUGACAUCAAUUAUAUCCUUGGAUCGUCGCACAUGGAUGAUGUUGGCAUCCGACAGUCAUGGUCUUCUGGCGCACCGUCAUACAUCCAGGCGCGUGAGGAUGGCGCGAAUCAGCAGCGGCGAACUGGCCUUACGCUGGAGUUUCCUCCAUGGGGUUUUCCAAAUGCAAGUGGUCGUCGGCCAAGCGCAAUAACCGUCUCCAGUGCCAGUGGCGAAGAUGCGUUCACUCGUGCAGUCGACCGCAAAUGGGAUCCAUUAUAUAGUUCACGGCGUAAUGACUGGAGUUUCAGACAGGAGAAUGCAGAUGGCAAUGGCCCUGCUUUAUCUGUGUCCCCGCCGUCGUUUUCAGGCUUUGCAAUUGGUGUACCGACCAGUGUGAUGCCUGGUACACAGGAGAUCUGGCGUCAAGCACACGUGGGCCGUUUCAGGGUAGAUAGACUCAUGAUGAGACCGGAUGAUCCUUCGAAACCGCCUCAGCAACGUAUGAAUGUCCGUCAUAUCACAGAUCAAGACUCGAAAGGGAACACCCGUGGCGGGCCUACAUCUGUUAUUCACAAGCAUUCCCGCGCGCUUGCAUUCUCCAUCUUCCGCAAAUACGGUCUCCUGAAACGGGGAACGCGUUCGACAUCUCAUAACAGCGGAAGCAUUCUUCUCGCGACCAAGAGAGUGCAGGAGCAGUACACGAGCACUCGUACCACGAGUCAACUGAACUCCCAUGGCCUGUUGAGGGAUGGCGAUGAUGUUGAGAGGGAGAGAGAGGAGACCAGCGAGAGUCAUCCGCUGCAUGAUCACGGUCGUUCAAAGGACCAGAAGGAUAACAAGGACAAAGGCAAAAAAUCGGCAAGUGGGACAUCUUCUGGUACUGGUACUUCAAGCCAGACGACCAGUACUGAAAGCAGCAGCACUGGCACCACUUCCAGCGAAGAACCCAGAUCUGUAACGUAUGGCGUAUAUGAGCCUUCGUCGUCCUCGGUUCCUAUAUCCCCGACAAUCGUGGAGAACCUUCCUGCGUCAGGUGCCUUGAACUCCUCCUCAUCGUCGGUGUCGGAUUCUACGUUGACCACCCGAGAUCUGAUUGAUUACCCUUUACCGCUGCAUGAGUUUCCGUCCUCUCGACUGUACUAUCAACACUCAUCAGCCGAUGACGAUGACGAGUUGAUGUUGCCCCGCACAUCUCACGCAGAAGCAUUCGCUACUCUCGAUUCUUCCGGCAUAGAGUAUCUGCGUGGCAGGGCCGAGCAACGCUUGGCAGAUCACGAUUCGUCUUCAAUCAGUAGUUUGGAGCGCUGGCGGCGGCGAUUCCUUGGCCAAAAUGCCAGAGUCGCGUUGAGAGCAACUUCAGGUCCACCAUCGGCGUCGUUAGACGGCCACUACACCCCUCCUUGGAUCACCAUGGCUCCAAGAUCCAAGCAAGAAGAACGAGAACGAGUAAUUCAAAACUUGAAUGAAUCAUUCAAGGAUGUCGGCUUGUUACCUUCCUUCAGGACGAACAGGAACCCGCGGGGUAAGAGCAGCAGACGACGAAAGACUGGGUCUGGGUUGGAUAUUUUUGCGAAUGUCCCAGCGCAUUCAUUGCAUAUGUUGUUGCCUCUGUGGGCAGGCGAGACUGACCCUACGUCAACUUCUGUAGACGAGGUCCCAGCCGCCGUAUAUACCAUCCCUGUGGAGGAGCGACAGUACCUGCUCAUCUACUACGUGCCUUUCGACGAGCGCAAGGAUAAGAAGAAGCCGGAGCCCAACAAGAAGAGGUCCCGAGGGGAAACUAGCUCGGGCGGUGAUUCCUCUAACCCCACGAACUCCUCGAAAUCUAUCUUGCUCACUUCGUUCCGCGUGUGUGCCCGUCUCAUUUCGUACCAUGAUCUUCUUGGCACAGGUGUACGACUUCCAAUUGACGGCCUGUCGGUCACAGGCCCCAUGUCGGAGGCCAUGUCACUCCUCCCUCCUUCGUACAUCAGGGAGGCGCACCUCGAUGACAUAGUUAUCGGGGUAUGUUCCAGCCGCCAGACUGGUAUGGAGUUUAUUCAAGAGGGCCUCGCGAAGCUCGGACUCUGCGUCCCUUGUGACGAGCCUGCCCCCUCUCCGAUCGAUCCUACCCAGGAGAUAGAGGAGCUGUGGAAGCUCACUCCCAUCGGUCGUGCCGCUGUGGAGAUGGCUUGGUUGGGCUGUCUAGCGAUGACAAGUUUCGGAUCUGAGCUCCAGGCUCACUGA